AUGCCCGACACGGCCGCGUGCAGCACCCUCGCCGAGCGGCACCACCUCGCCUCGUCGGUCGCCGCCCCCACUGCCGCCGACCUCCCGCUCACCGCCAUCCAGCACGCCGUACACGCCCAGCUCCCUCAGUCCCUCGUGCGGUCCCGCAUCAGCUCGAGCCCUACCCUCCUGCCGACCCACCUCGCCCAACUUGUGACGGCCCUCUCGCUGUGCGCCCGCGUCUCGCUCCGCGCGAGCGCCCUCUUCAUCGAGGCCAUCGUCGAGGGCUUGCAGUGCGGCACCGUCACGGGCUUGGGCCUCACGCGCCGCGCCCUCAUCGCGGCGGUCGGCAGCGCGCGCGCCAUGCACCACGUCAAGGAGGGCCUCGACUGGAGCGGACGCGACAAGGACGGCGGCAAGAGCGAGGACGCGUUCCUCCAGGUCCUCGACAAGUACACCAACCUCGGCAUCUACCUCAUCCACCACACGUUCACCCUCGCCGAGCUGUUCACCAUGUCGGGCUUCUACCUCACCCUCAACACGAUCUCGACCGGGUUCUCGGCCGCCGAGGAGUCGGUCCGCAUGCUCGACUCGAUCCUCGGCUCGAACGAGUCGUCGCGCGCCCUGAGCUCGAUCAUCACGCUCGUCCGCAACGAGCUCACGCGCGAGGACCCGCGGUUCCGCCCAGUCGGGCUCCUCGCCGACCAAGACGACGACCUGGACGAGCAGCAGCGCAAGGCCGGCGCACUCAGCAACAUCACGGCCCUAACCAAGGCCCUGACGGCCUUUGCGUGCCUCCAGACGGCGACGCACCGCCGCACGCUGCGCGAGCUCAAGAUGCGCGUCGUGUACGACUGCACGGUCGUCGUCGAGGGCCAGGCGACCUUUUCCUCGGCGUCGACGCCGACCUCGCCUGACGGUUCGCCCGCAUCGGCGAGCGGCUUCGAUGUGACGGUCGACUCGCCGGGCAAGUACGCCGGCCCGCCUGCGCCGCCUCGAGGGCCCCGCCUGUCGCGCAAGUCGUCCCGUUCGACCGUCUCGACCCGCACCCGCGAGUCGUCCUCGACGACGACCACGAUGAACGGCGCCACGACGGGCAGCGAGAUCAUCACCGACGUCCGGAGCGAGCUCGAGGCUCGAGCCGUCAAGGCGCUCGCGUCGCAGCCGGGCUCGGCCAGCCACUCGCGACGCACGUCGGGCCCGUUCGACCUCGGCGGCGCGAGCUUCACCUGCAUCUCGUCCUCGGCACCAGGUCCUGUCGAGCCGUCACUCGCCGUUGACCCGGUCGAGCUCCUCGACUCGCGCUCCGAGGAGGAGAUCGUCACCGAGCUCGAGAGCCUCUGCGGCGGGCCCGUCAAGCCGUCGCACCGCCGGGUCACGAGUCGAGACGGCGGGUACGACGGCGAUGCCGAGGCCCAGUUCAUCACGACCGACGAGCUCGAGAGCGAGUCGGAGGGCGAGUACGACAACGACGCCGACCAGCUCCUGUCGAACGGCGUCGCCGGGCUCGACGGCGAGAUCCCGCCCGAGGUGCAGGCCGCGCUGCGCGAGAUCGACGCGCGUUACGCCGCACGCGACAAAGAGCGCGCUCCGUCCUUCUCGUCGGGCGCGUCAACCGUUCGCGGCGCAGCUCGGCCUCGCUCGAAACGCGACAGCCGCGCCGUCCGCGCCGGCGCCGCCGGGCCGUUCAGCUACCAGGUCGAGGUCGAGGAGACGACCACGACGACCACGACGACGGUGCGCACGGUCGAGGAGGUGUCGGCGGCGAGCUCGGGUGCGGCGGAGGAGGACCGAGCGCUCAUCGCCCGCCGCGAGGGGCGGUCGCGCAUGCCGGGCGUGCUCCUCCUCGAGACGAGUUCUCCCGCCACGCCGACCGAUGUCGAGCACGACGAGCGUGUUGGCUACGAGCGCGACGCGACGGCGGCGGGCACCGGGUCGGACGAGGUGGGCGAGUGGGUCGAGGUCGGCAGCUCGGCCAGUCGCACGGCGUCGAGGUCGCAGGGCGGGUCGAGCGUCGCCAGCGACGUCGACAUGUCGAGCGAGGACGGCAUCGAGGCGAGGGUGCCGUCGGCGCCGAAUGGCGAGGUCAAGUCGAGCGGCUCGAGGUGGGCAAACCUCGCGGGCCUGUCGCGGCAAGAGGCGCUCGAGCACCCGGAGGAGAACAAGCAGCGGCUUCAGGUCGUCCUGUCGACCAUGACCAAGAAGUUCAUUCAGCGCCGCCGCACGAUCCGCCGCGUCGUCUCGAGCUCGGGCUUCUCUUCAUCGACCUCGGCGAGUCGCUCGAGGCCGUGCUCACCGGCGCUUGGCGCCGGCAAGAAGCGUCGGUGGCCGCGCACCUCGUCCCGCACGGCCUCGUUCUCGUCGACCAUUCGGCCUGACGACGAGCUCCCUGUCGCUCCGCCAUCGCCUAUCCUGUCGUCCACCUCGUCGCCCAAGAGCAGGACCAAGAGCGUCUUCCGCACGUUGACUCGCGGCUGGCGAGGCGAGCGCGGCCCGUCGACCCCGCCCAAUUCCGAGGCGUCAACGGCGGCCUCGAGCGAUGUCGAGCUCGCAGACGCCGACGAGAGCGUCUACUUCGACGACGUUCGCGGGCUCGAGGCGCCGGCCUCUGCCGCACCUUCCACCUCGUUCAACCCGCCGACGCCUCGCUCGACCUCGGCGCCGACCCGCCCGCCUCUUUCGCCGACACCGACGUCCCCUCCUCCGCCUGUGCCACCUAAGCACGGCGUCCGACAUGCCGCCUCGGUGCAGACGAUGCGCUCGACGCUCACGACGACCUGCCGCACGGCGUCGUCGCCCACCGACGAGCCCGAGCCCAAGAGCAGCAACUUCCCGCACGCGUACCUCGUCAGCAACCUGCAGCACUUUGCGAGAUACUCGAGCGCGGCGUACGGCCAAAGCUUCCUCCGCAUCCUCGGCAUCGCCAAACACGAGUUCAAGUUCCCGCAUACCGAGAUCCACGCCAACAACCACGCGUUCGCGCACCAUGUCGGCAUCCACGUCGAGGACAUCCUGCUCUCGUCCUUUACCGACCCGACGCCCACGUUCGACAGCGAGAAGAUGUCGCCCAUCGUCAACUACGUCGCCGUCGACCAUUCGAUCAAGGCCAUCGUCCUCGCCUGUCGCGGGUCGCUCGGCCUGUCCGACAUCCUCACCGACCUCACGUGCUCGUACGAGCCGAUCCCGGUCCCGGACGCCGACCCGUCGGGCUCGUACCUCGUCCACAGCGGCAUGUUCUGCUCGGCGACCGUUCUUCAACGCGGCACGGUCCACGACGUCAUCCGCGACGCGCUCAAGCAGUUCCCGGACUAUGGUCUCGUGCUCUGCGGCCACAGCCUCGGCGGCGGCGUCGCGUCCCUCCUGUCGAUCCUGUGGUCGACCCCGUCUGCUGCGUUCGAGCGCUACGCCGAGGCCGUCGAGGAGCAGUCGGGCCGCCACAUCGUGCACCCGCCGCUGUCGACGCCAUUCGUCACGAGCGCGUCCUCGGGCCUGCCACCCGGUCGCCCGAUCUCGUGCUACACCUACGGCGUGCCCUGUGUCGCCUCUGUCGACCUCGGCGCCUACUGCCACGGCCUCGUCAUCUCGACCGUGCACAACUACGACCUCGUCCCGACCCUGUCGCUCGGCGUCCUGCGCGACUUCAAGGCCAUGGCCAUGGGCUUCUACGCCGAGCAAGGCGUGUCCGAGGAGAUCGUCGGGCGCGUCAUCGGCUUGUGUCAGCGCCGCUUCAUGGCCCGUCGUGCGGCGAGAAAGGCCGGCAGCUCGUCGUCCGCGCCUGCGCGCGCGCCCUUUCCCGGCGCCUCGAACGACGACCUCGAGUCGUGCGGGCCCGAGUCGCUCACGGACCCAGCCGAGGAAUCGCGCCUCGUGCCGCUCUCGAACGACGAGAUCUCGGCAGGGCGCGGCUCGAACAAGGCGCUCGAGCCGGCGUACCAGGACCCGGGCCUGCUCGGGCACGACCUCGUCGCCGACGACCUCGAGCUCAGCAACUGGCUGUGGAGCCUGCGCACGACGAUUCGCGCGAACAGCGACAACGAGAAGCUGUACCCUCCUGGCUCGGUCUACGUCAUCGAGAGCUACACGGUCUUCAUCUCGGGCGAGUCGUCGUCGUCGGGCCAGUACUCUCGUCGCGAGGGUCGCCGAGUCCUCCUUCGAGCGGUCGACGACGUCGAGCGCCGGUUCUCGGAGCCCAUCUUCAGCCGCACGAUGUUGAGCGAUCACUCGCCGCGCGAAUACGAGGUCAACGCCGACUACCUCGCGAGCGCCGUCGUCUGAGCGCCCUUCCUGCACUCGUCCCUGUACACCGUGUCUCCCUAUGUCCCUUUUCACCUCUCCUUUCUCCCCCUCGAGCCUGUCGUUGUCGUCGUGUCUCCCUCGCAGCCCUUUCCCUCCCUCGUUCCUCCUCCUCCUCUCCUCGCUUUCGCUCUUCCUUCCCCUCUCUCGGUCUUGUGCGUCUACCCCGCUCUCAGUAUGUAUACCCCCUUUCCCGGAACCCAUGUGUAGUCCGUCUUUGCGCGCUCGAGGGCUGCAGCGUCGCACGGCUCGCGUUUCCUUUCC